AGUGGUACAUUCCAGUGCCGGAAAGCCUCGUCGCUGCAGGACGGCUGUGUUGGUCUUUGUUGCCAUCCGCUGGAUUUGUUUUUCAUAGGAACAAAAUAUAUAUUUAAACGGAUUAUUAUCGUUAUCUGUUCGUAUUAAUAAGGCACCGAGAACACCAUUUUCAAGAGAAAUAAAUAUCCAUGUUGGUUUAUCACUAAGUCUCCGUAAAGAUGGAUGAAAGAAGUUACGGAUCUUUGCCCCAUGUGCCCUCGGAUUAUGUUCAGCACUGGGUUCAGUCUGCACAGCAACACCUCCAAGCCCUUCAUGCACAGCAUUCUUAUAUGGCUAAUGGUAACGUUGCACACUUCAUGGAAGGACACGGAGAAGAACCCGGAAUGAUGGAAAUGCCCGUUCAUGAGCCGCCUGCAGCACCGCAGGAGACCGGUGCUCCCCAGGAGGCUCCCACUAAAGGGAAGAGGGGCAGAGCUGCAAACAAACAGCCAAGAGCCAAACCAGGUCCCAAGCCUAAGAAGGCUAAGGUGGAAAAAGAGGCCCAACCAGCUGAAGGAGCACAGGAGAAGAUUGACGAGUCCUUCAAGAAAGUUAAAAGGAAAAUCGAUCGCUUUAAGGGCAUGUCCGAGGAGGAGGUUAUGAAAAGAACUCUGCCAGAUAUCCUUAUACCCAACCUGGACUAUGUAAUUAUUGGAAUCAAUCCAGGUCUGAUGGCUGCCUACAUUGGAAGAUGGUUUCCUGGACCUGGGAACCAUUUUUGGAAGUGCCUUUUCCUCUCCGGUUUCACUGAACAGCUGCUGAACCACAUGCACGACCAGACUCUCCCUGAGAAAUACAGCAUUGGCUUCACAAACAUGGUGGAAAGAGCAACACCAGGAAGCAAAGACCUCUCAAGUAAAGAGCUCCGUGAAGGUGGCAAAAUUUUAGUGGAGAAGAUUAAACAGUUUAAACCCCUCAUAGCAGUUUUCAAUGGAAAAUGUAUAUAUGAAAUGUUCUGCCGAGAGCUAUUUGGGAAAAAGCCCAAAACUCUGGAAUUUGGCUUGCAGCCACACAAGAUUCCUGACUCUGACACGGCGCUGUAUCUAAUGCCCUCCUCAAGUGCCCGCUGUGCCCAGUUCCCUCGAGCUCAGGACAAAGUGCAUUUCUACAUCAAGCUUAGAGAACUCCGAGACCAACUGAGGGGCAUGGCCAAACCAAAGGAUAUCGAGGAAGUCAAGUACACCUUUGAUCUUGGCAUGGCUAAAGAGGAUGCUAAGAGAAUGGCCAUUAAGGAGGAGCAGUACGAUCCUGGUUACGAGGCUGCAUUUGGAGGGCAGUAUGGGGAACCUGGAUUGGAGGGAGGCAAUGGCCACUGUGCCUUUGCUUCUGGAGAAGCAGAAGCAGCAGAGAAGGAGUCUGGGGAAUCCAAUGCAAUGGGCCAGCUUCCAGACGGCCAGUGGAUGACCAACUCCUUCGCUGAUCAGAUUCCGGAGAUCGGAAGCUCGUCACAAGCGCAGACUGGGGCCGUAUGAGCAGGACUGUCAUCUCAGUAAGGGCCUUGACUUCUGUGCUCAUCCACAGCAGUGCCUCUCACCAGCUUCUCCCAGUUCUGGAGCAAUCUCAAUACGUGCACUGACCUUUGCUGAUUUUGUUUAAAAUCUGUUACAUUAGGUAAUAAGACUAUUGUGGUUGCUGUGUGCACAAGUCACUCAGCGGAAUAGGAUGACGUGUCUGAUCCGAAGCAGAAAUGGCUACUUCAGAGACUCUCACAGGUCACCUGCUGCUCUCAAUAACUGUAAAGCGAACCUCAGUUCUUCAACUGAAGACCCGUAUCAUGAAACACCUCUUCUUUUUUUUUUUUUUGGCCAUUUAAUUCUUUACAAUGAAUUUAAAGUAGACAUUCUAGGAAGUAGUAUUUCUAUGGAACUGAGCUUGUUCUUUUAUAUUCUGUGUCCAAAACAUUUUUUGUUUUUGCUUAAUGUAUAAGCACCGAUGCAGUUGAUUUUCUUGUGAUAUCAGGGACUGAUAGUUGAUUUUAAGACAGAACAGUAUGUAGAUUGAUUUGGUUGAAAGUUUUUAUUAUUUUUUUUUUUUUUUGUGCAAAAUAUAUUGCACACUUUUUUUUUUUCUCUUCCUCAAAGCUAUUUACAUACUGUAGGUCAGCAUGGAAGCAGUAAGAUUAUAAAUCCCCCUUUUCAUAUAAAGAAAAAUUGUUGUAAUAGGGCAAGUAGAAUAGGUAAAGCAAGUAAAAUGUCUGUAAUCAAAGCAAAAAAACCCACCAUUAAUCUAUCAAGGUGCAUUCCUAAAAGAUUAUACUGAUACAAUCAUGUGACUGGUGGUGUUUAUAGGUAUUUGUUCAAGUGUCAAAAACGGGCACGCUGCCUUUUCGAGUACUGGAAAAAAACACCGUUUUUUUUAAUGACGCAUGGUACUGUGUGAAUUUUAAAGCUUUGAUUUACUGUGGUUUUACUGUUUUAUAUAAAAUACUCGGUGCUAUUUUGUUAUUUUUAUCAUAUACACGAUUACUACUUUCCCUCUAUUAAAAUUUUAUUGCAUUCA